AUGAACUUUAGAGACCUUGUGAAAUUGUCAAAAGAGGAUGUAGUGAGAGGAUUGCAUAAACUAAAGCUCACAAAAAGUAAAGGGUGUGAACCAAGCCAACAAAGAGAGUUGAUUGAAGAGAAAAUUGUUUCUUUGGAAUAUGUUCAUACUAAUACACAGUUGUCUUAUUUGUUCACAAAAGCACUUGAUUUUCAAACUCCUGGUCCAAAUGAUACUAGUAUUGAGAAUGGUAACAAUUUCGGCUGUAGUGACGAUGAGAUUUAUAUUUACGAUGAUUGCUCCCCUCUUAUUUGUCUGGAUUCAACAAAUUUCCAUCAAGAUACCACGAGCAACUCUGCAAAGACAUAUUCAACUGGUUCUAGCAACUCUAACACAAUUAACCGUUUUGUGGCAAUGGGAUUCUCAGGAAAGACUGUGGUCAAAGCAAUUGAGGAAAAUGGAGAAGAUAAUGAAGCGUCAAUAUUGGAUUCUCUACUUACAUACUCCGCUCUUGAGAAGUCUCCUCAACAAUGCCAAAGCAUCCCUGGACCAAGCUCUUCUGAUUCUGAGAGCAAUCUUGGCUACAAUGACCUCUCUAUUGUCAAUAGCUCUCCUGCAGCUGCCCCUUACAAAAAAUAUUCAAAUAAAUCGUUGGAGAAGGAGGAGAAACUGUGGGUUCUGGUGGAUAUGGGUUAUACAGCCGAGGAGGCUUUCACAGCUAUGGCUAAGUGUGGUCCAGAUGCCCAGAUUGCUGAACUGACAGAUUUCAUAAGUGCUGCUGAACUGGAAAAGGAAUUGGAUGUACAAACCAGAGAAUUACCUGAAGAGGAGGUUGAGAAGUCACACUCCCAACCUGAGAAGCUUGAUUUUCCCGGUAAUAAGAAGAGGAAAUUUUACAAAGAUAAAAGCCAGGGAAGCGGCGAUCUCUUGAGAAGUCCGAAGAAGCAAAGGUUAAACAUUCCAAAGCCAAUGAUAGGAUUUGGUGUCCCUGAUGAACCACGGCAUACAGUAGAGAGAAAUUUGCCAGAGACAGCUGCAGGACGUCCCUAUUUUUAUUAUGAAAACGUGGCUAUGACUGCAAAGGGAGUUUGGAAUACAAUAUCUCGAUUUUUGUAUGACAUUGAACCAGAAUUUGUUGAUUCGAUCUACUUCUGUGCUUGUGCAAGAAAAAGAGGAUACAUUCACAACCUCCCUAUUAACAACCGCUUUCCCCUUUUGCCAAGACCACCACGCACUAUACAGGAAGCUCUUCCAUGGACUAAAACAUGGUGGCCUUCUUGGGAUAAAAGAACAAAAUUUAAUUGCAUUCAUAGCAGACAUGGGAAUGCCAAACUCACAGAGAAGAUAAGGCUGGCUCUAGAGGAGUUCGAUGGUGAACCGGAACCUCCUCUACAUGUACAAAAGUACGUGCUUGGAGAAUGCCGGAAAUGGAAUUUGGUUUGGGUUGGAAAAAACAAAGUUGCACCUAUUGAAACUGGUGAAAUGGAAAUGUUAAUGGGAUUUCCAAAGAACCAUACAAGGGGUGGUGGAGUAUGUACCGGAGAUCGAUACGCAGCUCUAGGCAACUCCUUUCAGGUUGACACAGUUGCCUACCAUCUUUCUGCCUUGAAAGAACAGUUUCCAAAUGGGGUUAAUGUUCUUUCUCUUUUCUCUGGCAUCGGUGGAGCGGAGGUGGCAUUGCAUCGACUUGGGAUUCCUUUGAAGAAUGUGGUGUCAAUAGAGAUUUCUGAGGCGAACAGAAAUAUUGUGCGGAGCUGGUGGAAGGAGACAAACCAGUGUGGAAGUCUAAUUGAACUAGUAGAUGUACAAGAAGUCACUGGGAACAAGUUGGAGCAGUAUAUUAGGUCACUUGGAGGAUUUGAUCUUGUGAUUGGUGGAAGUCCAUGCAAUAAUCUCAGUGGCUGCAACAGAGUGAGCAGAGUUGGUCUUGAAGGUGAGCAUUCAUCUCUAUUCUACGAGUAUUUUCGAAUCCUUGACCUUGUUAAAUGUUUAAUGGGAAAUGUUUAA